CAGCCAUACAGUAUCACGUAUGCUACCACCCUUCCUUCCUUGCUGUGGCGGUGGGCAGGGUCGCCUGUGUUGACAAACAUUUAUUCUCUCACUAGGGCGGAGAUUUUUUCAUUUUGCGAGUCAAAAAGCUGCUAAAUAAACGCUUUAUUAAAUAUAUAGGAAUACACACGAAAGGAUUACUGUUUGGUAUUAAAUGCAAGUAUGGGUUGCUGCCUGACUGUUGGACCAAAUGAAGCGCUCGUUGUGUCAGGUGCCUGUUGUGGGUCAGACGCAAAGACAUAUGUGGUGGGAGGCUGGGCAUGGGCAUGGUGGCUUAUAUCAAACACACAGAGAAUUACACUAGAGAUUAUGACACUACAGCCUAAGUGUGAAGACGUGGAGACAGCGGAGGGAGUCGCUAUUACAGUUACAGGAGUUGCUCAAAUCAAGGUUAUGACUGACAAAGACUUGCUGGCGGUUGCCUGUGAGCAGUUUCUGGGAAAGUCUGUCAUGGAAAUCAAGGCUGUGGUCCUGCAAACCCUGGAGGGACAUUUGCGUUCCAUCUUAGGCACUUUGACAGUGGAGCAGAUCUACCAGGACAGAGAUGAGUUCGCUCGGCUGGUGAGGGAGGUGGCAGCUCCUGAUGUGGGCCGGAUGGGCAUUGAGAUCCUCAGCUUCACCAUAAAAGAUGUCUAUGAUAAGCUGGACUACCUGAGCUCUCUUGGAAAAACUCAGACAGCGGCUGUACAAAGGGAUGCUGACAUCGGAGUGGCCGAGGCAGAGAGGGAUGCUGGGAUUAGAGAAGCUGAGUGCAAGAAAGAAAUGAUGGAUGUGAAGUUCUUGGCCGACACUAAAAUGGCCGACUCCAAGCGAGAGCUGGAGCUGCAGAAAGCUGCUUUCAAUCAAGAAGUGAACACUAAGAAAGCAGAGUCUCAGCUGGCCUAUGAACUACAGGCAGCUAAAGAGCAGCAGAAGAUCAGAUUGGAGGAGAUCGAAAUCGAGGUUGUGCAGAGGAAAAAGCAGAUCUCCAUUGAGGAGAAAGAAAUUGAGAGGACAGAGAAGGAGCUGAUUGCUACGGUCAAGCGUCCUGCUGAAGCAGAGGCUUACAAGAUGCAGCAGCUGGCUGAAGGACACAAGUGA